AUGGCAAAUGAUAGUGGAAUUAGCGUUAUUUCCAAAAUUGUGGAAUCCGAGCAGAAGAGCCAGAUACUACACGAUUCCAUCUUAAAUAAGAUGCCAUGUUACGACAAAUAUGAAGAGAUUAACAUUUUGUCCGCAGAGGAUGUAGACUUAUUAAAAAAAUUUCACGCAUUUAACAAAAAAGAAAAGUUCGAUUAUUUUAAGGAAAAUAACACAGUUGUGACAGUAUUGUUCAAUUGUUUGCAAACAGAUUUUAAUGUUCAUUUAAUUCAGUACGUAUUAACGAUAUUUUAUGAAAUUAUAAGAAAUGAUGGAAGUUCUUAUAGCUACAUUUUAAGCAUAUUAAAUGACAAAAGUGUAUACUCGUACUUGAUGAAAUUGUGUACGCAUAAUGACACGUACAUAGCAGACAAAAGUUCUUUUCUUUUGUCGGGUAGCUUUUGCUACAACAGUAAUAAUAAUUACUUCACAGAGACGGAGAUUAAAGACUUUAUUUUAAAAAUUUUAACGUAUCAGAAGAAGGGAAAAUGGACAUAUAUAUAAAUGCACAUGGACGAUUGCUUCGAAAUUAUUGUCGACAAUAAUAUAAUUCAAACCUUGACUGUGCUACAGUAUGAUAAGUGGAGAGAUAACGACAUUUAUGACACUAUAGUUCAACUUCUGCACAAGUUGGACCAGCGCGUGAAGAAUUACAGCAACUUCGAACGAUACUGCCACGAACUUUCAAAGGGAAAGCUAAAAUGGUCCGUUUUGCACACGGAAAAAUUUUGGCUCGAAAAUGUCAUGCAGUUCGAAAAAGAUGAAUUUAAAGCUAUACAACAAUUAGCAGAUAUAAUAAAAAGCUAUGCACAUAAUAUAGCACAGAAGAGUGAUUCCAUGGAACUGAAGGAGGAAGUAGACGGAGUGACUGUGGCAGUGGCUUGUUUUGACAUUGGCGAAUUCGCAAGGCUUUACCCGAAUGGGAAGAAAAUUUGUCAGAAAUUUAGAAUAAAGGAAAACGUCAUGAUUUUAAUUGCUACGAAGGACAGAGAUAUUGUGAGGGAAGCUCUUCUUUGUGCACAGAAAAUUAUGUUGAACAACUGGCAAAGCAUAUCGAAUGCGAAGUGA